AUGGAGGAGAAACUGUUUCCUGCCUGGCUGUGGUCUGUAGAGCAGUGCCUGAAGGAGUAUGGUGUCAGGUUGGAGAAGGGUCUGACCACGUACCAAGUGGAGGAGAGGCGCAAACACUUUGGCUGGAAUGAGCUCAAAAAGGAGAAGGGGAAGCCACUCUGGCGCCUCAUCCUCGAGCAGUUUGACGAUGUGCUCGUCAAGAUCCUCCUUGUGGCAGCUUUCAUCUCCUUCAUCCUCGCCUACUUGCAGGGCUCCGAGUCGGAUCAUGCCAGCCUUGAAACAUACGUGGAGCCAUUCGUCAUCGUUUCCAUCUUAGUGCUUAAUGCCAUUGUGGGCGUCUGGCAGGAGACCAGCGCUGAGAAGGCUCUUGAGGCGCUCAGGGAGAUGCAAUCAGAGCAUGCAAAGGUCCUGAGAGAUGGGUAUUACGUCCCCAACUUGCCUGCUCGGGAGCUGGUGCCAGGUGAUAUUGUGGAGUUGAGCGUGGGGGACAAGGUUCCUGCUGAUAUGAGGCUGGCGGUGUUGAAGACAUCGACUCUGAGAAUUGAACAGAGCUCUCUAACUGGGGAGAGUAUGCCCGUGAUCAAGAGCACAUAUCCCGUCCCUGUGGAUGAUUGUGAGCUGCAGGAAAAAGAAUGUAUGUUGUUCGCAGGGACAACUGUUGUGAAUGGGAGCUGUGUCUGUGUUGUCGUCGCCACAGGCAUGGACACAGAGAUUGGGAAAAUACAGACUCAGAUACAUGAAGCCUCCAUGGAAGACCACGACACCCCUUUGAAGAAGAAGCUCGAUGAAUUUGGGGAGAGGCUGACUACCGUUAUUGGAUUCAUUUGCCUGGUUGUCUGGGCCAUAAACUACAAGAAUUUCAUCACCUGGGAUGAUGGGGAUGACUCCGUGUGGGACUUCCGCUUCUCAUUUGAGAAGUGCACCUACUAUUUCAAGAUAGCAGUGGCUCUUGCAGUGGCCGCCAUUCCUGAAGGUCUGCCAGCUGUGAUCACAACGUGUCUGGCCUUGGGAACGAGGAAGAUGGCACAAAAGAACGCUGUUGUACGCAAGCUACCCAGUGUGGAGACCUUAGGGUGUACCACUGUGAUAUGCUCGGAUAAGACUGGGACACUUACCACUAAUCAGAUGUCUGUGAACAAGUUCUUUACUUUUGGUGGGAAGACCACAUCACCCCGGGUGUUUCAUGUGGAUGGGACUACUUAUAACCCCAAGGAUGGAGGCAUCAAAGACUGGAGUUACUACAAUAUGGAUGCAAAUUUGCGGGCGUUGGCAGAGAUCUGCGCCAUCUGCAAUGAUUCCAGAAUCUUCUGCAAUGGCCACCUUUUCCGGGCUUCAGGAUUGCCCACUGAGGCUGCUCUCAAGGCAUGCUCUACUGGCCACGUCCUUUAUUUCCCAAUUACUUCUAAUUUUCACGUCAAAAUAGGUAAAAACUUUUCCUCAAGUUGUUUAUUCUUUCUGUUCCUAAUGAAAAAGGUUCUAGUCGAGAAAAUGGGGGUUCCAGAUGAAAAGGCAAGGAGCAGGAUCCGUCAUGAGCAGCUUGCUGCUGAAUGUUCGAUUGUCCGAUGCACUGUGAAACUAGGUAGAGAAUCAUUCUCGCUUUCUUUUAUUACAUUGAAGUUGCAUUUUUUGUUUAUGCUUUGAUUUCUUUGUAGGUUGUUGCGAGUGGUGGAUAAAGAGAUCAAGAAAAGUUGCCACUUUGGAAUUCGAUAGGAUUCGUAAGUCUAUGAGUGUCAUUGUUCGCGAGCCAACGGGCAAUAAUCGCCUACUAGUGAAGGUACAUCCUUUCUUCAUUUUUUUUUUCGCUUAUGGUUCUAACUUCUAGUUAUUGUCUUGGCCCCAUACUUUCUUGGUUCAGAUAUAAACUUGUAUGAAAAGCAUGGGGGCCCAAUACUUUUUUCAUAGUACGAAUGAAUUUCGAUUUGUCAAUAUAAACACUUUUUCGAUUUGUCUGUAGUCUUUUAACUUGAUUUUAGAGUAGGAUCUCAAUUUAAAGUUAUUUCUUUAGAAAAAUGACGCAGAACUGGUAAGGAUUCCAUUCCUGUUCGUGAUAUUCAUGAGAGCAACAAUCUCUUAGAUUAAACAUUGUUGUACCUUGUUCACAUUAAUCUUAUGUUCUGUCAGUCUUCUUUUUAUUCUUCAUCCUCGCAAUCUCUGCUGAAUGGGUCAGAAACUUACUGUUGGAUCAUUUCAAUUUGCAGGGUGCUGUUGAGAGUAUACUGGACCGUAGUUCUUACGUACAGCUGGCAGAUGGUUCAGUCGUUUCAAUGGACGAGUCUGCUAGGCAGGUUAUAUUGCUGAGGCUCCAUGAAAUGAGUUCGAAAGGGUUGCGGUGCUUGGGCUUCGCAUACAAAGAUGAUCUGGGAGAGUUUGCUGACUACUAUGCUGACACUCAUCCCGCCCAUAAGAAGUUGCUCGACCCCAUUAAUUACUCUACAAUUGAAAGCAGCCUGAUUUUUGUGGGUGUUGUUGGUCUAAGGGUGAGUGCUCUUUUCAGGAUUACUCAGUAAUUUUGGAUUUUAUAUUUUUUUCUCGGCACUGAUUUUAUAUUUCUUCAUGUUGGGCAGGAUCCCCAUCGAGAAGGAGUUGACAGAGCAAUCCACGACUGCAGGGAAGCUGGUAUCAAGGUUAUUGUGAUCACUGGUGAUAACCAGUCCACUGCAGAGGCAGUCUGUCGGGAGAUUGGGCUGUUCCCUGACUCCAUAGAUCUCAGAGGAAGAAGCUACACGGGGAAGCAGUUCAUGGCUCUUCCAAAUGAUGAAAAGAUCAGGGUUUUGUCCAAGCCCAGCAGUCUGGUUUUCUCUCGGGCUGAGCCGAAGCACAAGCAAGAGAUUGUGAGGUUGCUGAAGGACAGUGGAGAGAUUGUGGCGAUGACUGGGGACGGUGUAAAUGAUGCACCUGCCCUGAAACUUGCUGAUAUUGGGAUAGCCAUGGGUAUUACUGGAACUGAGGUGAGUAUUAUCCGAGCUUAGUCUAAAUCAUUUUUUAUCAUGGGAUUCUCUGGAGAGCCCUGGUUGCCCUUACCUGCAAAUUAAUCAAUGAUUUGAACUUAUUUGUCCUUACCCAUCCUUGAAUAGAUGGGUUAGUGGUUCAAAACGAUUGGAGACUGAAGAUUUUGAAUGUAAUCUGUAAACCUAGGAUUGUCCCAUAUUGUCAUCAUCUCGCCAUCAUGAUUAGCUAAUUAGUUCAAGCUUCUUCUUUUUUUUUUUCCUCCUUCCUUUUUUUUUUCUUUUUUUUUCCUGCUUCCAUUUACGGUAUUUUCUUUAAAACGGAGGAAUCAAAAAUAGUUUGUCUGAAUUUCCAAAAUUUAAAAAAAAAUCUUCUGAAAUGUUCAGGUAGCUAAGGAGGCAUCCGACAUGGUUCUGGCCGAUGAUAAUUUCAGCACGAUAGUUUCAGCCAUAUCCGAAGGCCGCUCCAUUUAUGAUAACAUGAAAGCCUUCAUAAGGUAUCUGGGCUAUGUAGACUCGUCACUUCCUUCUUACUCUUCUCAAAGCAUCUGAGAUAUGGAGCUCACCUGGCCGGACAUCUUCGUAGGUACAUGAUCUCAUCCAACGUAGGAGAAGUCAUCUCCAUCUUCCUGACCGCCGCGUUGGGCCUCCCCGAAUGCUUGAUACCGGUGCAACUCCUCUGGGUCAACCUGGUGACCGACGGGCCGCCGGCAACAGCGCUCGGCUUCAACCCCGCAGACGACGACAUCAUGCGGCGGCCUCCCCGGAAGAGCAGCGAGGCCCUGAUUAAUUCCUGGGUCCUCUUCCGCUACCUGGUAGCACCCGCCCUUGUUCUUGUCUGGUUCUUUGAUUCUUCCAUCAAUUCUCUGUCGCUGCUACUGAUUCAUAUCGUUCUACCCAGGUGAUCGGUUCCUACGUCGGCAUGGCGACGGUCGGCAUCUUCAUCGUCUGGUACACGCAGGCGUCGUUCAUGGGGAUCGACCUCACAGCCGACGGCCACACGCUGGUCUCCCUUGCCCAGCUCCGCUCAUGGGGCGCCUGCCCCAAUUGGGUGGGCUUCUCGGCGUCCCCGUUCCACGCCGGAGGCCGCAUCGUGAGCUUCUCCGACCCAUGCGACUACUUCUCCGCAGGGAAGGUCAAGGCCACAACGCUGUCACUCUCCGUGCUGGUCGCCAUCGAGAUGUUCAACUCCAUGAAUGCACUCUCAGAGGACAGCAGCCUCCUGUCGAUGCCGCCAUGGCGCAACCCGUGGCUGCUCGUUGCCAUGGCGGUCUCCUUCGGGCUUCACCUGGCCAUCCUCUACAUUCCCCUGCUGGCUUCCAUAUUCGGCAUCGUUCCUCUGAGCUUCAGCGAGUGGCUACUGGUCAUACUGGUCUCUGCUCCUGUCAUCCUCGUUGACGAGCUGCUCAAGUUCUUCGGCAGGCGGCAUAGAGCGAGAGUCCCCAAGGUCAAGGUUGCUUGA